AGGAACAGCGGUCAAGACAGAGCUUCUUAUCUGUCUUCUUCACACACGAUUAUUAUUCUUCUUCCCCGAUUAUCUCUGUAGGUUUUUUGUGUUUGGACUGCCGGGCUGCGUUUUGUUUCGAACUGCUUUCCCUGAAAACGAAGCAGCUCUUUUUUUUCUUCCUUGCGUGUUCUUCAUUGCAGCACAACACGCAUAUCCAAAACAACACAGCGGGACGGCGAGAGGGGGCGCCACUUUGGUGUCUUUAAAUGCCCAACAAGGGAAGCGGUGUGUGUGCUUCGAUUGUGUCCUGUGCAGCGUCACACCUUUCUUCUUUUUCCUUGUUUUUUUUUCAGGUUGGGUUCUUCUGUAUCGCCUCUACAUAAGAUUUACGUUGUGCCGGGUGGUCUGCUUCAUUUAAGGACUGCGUACACGCGUUGAUUCGGUUGUCUCUCUCUCUCUCCCUCUCUGCGUGUGGCUUAUUGUUGUUGCUGCUUUGUCUGCUCUGAAUUCCCCUGUUUUCCUCUUUCCUUUUGGUUUCUGCGCUUCAUCACGUUCGUUUGCCGUUCCCUCUCUCUCUCAAUACAUAUUUCUCCUUUUCUCUUUGGUCUCGCACACCUGCUGCUGCGGUGGCCGUGAAAGAGGAGGCCACUCAAGUGUCAGCGUCAUUGCAACGUUGCCUCUCGUUGUGUUUGUUUUGUGGUCCCCCUCCCGAUUUGGGCCCCGUUUGACGCGGUGAAGAGGCAGAACAAAGAGAAAAGGAAAGGAAAGGAAAGGAAAGGCAGCAUCAGUUGAAGAGGGAAGAGUCGUUGUUAGAUUUGGCUUUCACACCUCAUCCGCUUCCUCGCACGUCACAGUCGUUGGCUUCAGCGGCGCCGGUGCGUGUGCUGCAAUUCCCUCCCCCGCCAUCUCUUCGGUUAGCGCUUGUUUUAUUGUACUGUUUUCUCCUCUGCUUUUCGUUGUGCAGCGCUCAUCAUGCCAACUCGACUGGCGCACAUCACCAACCACUUCUUCGACCUGCCGUCCCAGGAUGCGCAGGUCACCGCCGGUAGCCCGCACCCCGUCGUCGACUUCACCACCGCCUCCAGCUCCCUCUACCAAGCAGCUCUGCUGAGGCGCCACGGUGGCCGCAGCCCGGCCGCCGCCGCCACCACCACCACUGUCCGUCGACGAGGAGGCAGCAGCGGUGUGGGCACCGGCCCCAACCCGUAUGGCCAGCCCUCCUCACCGAGUUCGUCCGCUGCGCUCACGCCGCCGCAGUCACCAGCGCUGCCGAUCGACUCGCCCAACUCUUUUUCGCCUAUCUCUCCCGGCUCUCCCAGCGCUAGUGGGAUGGCGGCCACGACGACGUCGACCACCAGGGCAGGAAUGCAGCAACACCCACAUCCACUGGCUGCCGGGGCCGGUGCGGCGUCGCCUCGCGCUGCAACCCGCGCCACGCGCUACCCCGACGGCGGUGACCGCGCACGACGGCACGGCACCCUGUCCUCCCCGCUCUUCCGCGCACCGCUGAACACUGACUUUGAAACGAGCGGAGUGGCGCCGCACGGGUCGAGCUACAACAGCUUCUCACGUACCCUAACCGGCGCUGCCACCUCCCCUUCAGCCGCCGCCCGCGCCGCCGCCGCCUUUCGCAUGACCGGUGGGCCAUCGAGCCGGGUGGGAGGGGCAGCAGCGAAUCUCGGCGGACUGCCAUCCCCGACGCGGCUCGGUGCGGCGAGCUCGUGUGCCGCCGUCGCCGUCCACCCUCCCACCUCCAACACGUCCGUCGAGACGCCCUCCGCCUACCCGGUGUGCGACCCAACGGCAUCGCAGUACACGGAGGCGGACGCGGAGUUGCUCCUGCACCCCCUUCUUCAUUACGUGCAGGACGAAAACACGCUGCGCUUUCAUGCCGCUGCCUUGCGCCGUCGCCGCAAGGAAGCGGUCACCUUUGCGGUGGACGCCCUCGAACACCCGUCCUGCGGUCACGCAUGUGUGUCGUCGCUCACGCAGCAUCAGGUGACGCUGCAACACGACUACGUCCUGCACGCCCGCGGCAGCAGACUUAUUGCAUCCAUUCGGCAACGCAGCUCCAGAAGCCCUGUCAUGGCUGCUUUGGCCGGCCACACAAGAGACGGACAACCUCGCGGACGUGUCGGGGGUGGUGCGGGCGAGGAGAAUCCUUCUGCUGGGACAGACAAGAGUAAUCGACUGCACGCCGACCUCCGACCAGCCGGGCCGCGGUCCCGCGUGUUUGGCAACCGCGACGGUGCGACCCUCCCACGGCCGCACGGCGCCAGUCCGGCCGACUCCCUCACCUCCGCACCCGGCGCCGCGGCGUCGCUCUACCUGCUAGAGAUGACGGGACAACUCAGUGGUGAGAGCGGAGAGCAGCUGAGCGAGGCGGCGGCUGCAACAGCCGGCGGCCCCAGCGCAGAGGCGGUCAGCUCCAGAGCAGACGGCAACCACAACACCGCUUUUGCGUCCUCCCCGACGCUGUCCUCACGUAACGGGCGGCGUCGCCGGUCGAGCUCGCGUCUGCCGCCGGCGUCGUCCCACAGCACGAUGCCCCCGCCAGCGGACAGCGGCGAUGCGGACACGCCCAUCUCGCGCGGCAAGCGACCGGCAUCUUCGCCACCGGAGCAGGGCAGCGAGGGUGGGACGGUGGCAGACGAGGGGGAAAUAGCUUUACUGUUGACGCAUAACGUGUUUGCUAACUUCCGCACCCUGCCGCUGCACUUCGCCCACCGCUCGUACGAGUUGCUACCCGCGCGGUACCGGGCAGGGCUCGACGCUAUCUCCGCCGAGGUUCUCUUGCAGCAGCAGCAGAUGCAGCGCAACGGUGGUGUCGUUGCCGGGCUGGACGGCGGUGGCGGCAGCAGCCCCAAUGACACCGGGGGCGGCGGCUGUGGAGGCGCGGGUGCCAUCAACAGCAGCACGAACACCGGCAAUCACGGUGGGAGCGUUGGUGGUCGUGGACCGGGCAGCCAGGGCCGACGCGCCGAUGCCAGUGCAGCAACUGCGGCGGCAGCGGUUUUGAGCGGUGGUGACGGCACCACGGCGGGCUACGACGGCAUUUCCUACAUCGGCGUGAGUUACCUGGCGGCAAACGGCGACCUCUUUGCGGGCCCCGGCGUGCCCGGCACACGCGCCAACAGCACCGCCCCCUCGCCGCACCCCAGCACCGGCCCACGGGUGGGUGCGUUCGGUGAGUCGGGCAUGUGGCCGGGGGUGCGCGGUGAUCUGUCGGCGUCGCCGCUGCCGCCGUCCCGGGCAAUGGCGGAACGCGGCGGCGGUGCUGGUGCCGGUGUGCACGCCAACGCGAUGGACGAUGACGCAGCGAGCUCGACGGCGAACGCGCAGGCCAGCUCAUCCCUCGGGCCCGUCGCAGGAUCGCCCUUGGCCCCGUCGCUUAGCACCUCGGUCGCUGGCGGUGGUGGUGGUGCGGUACCAGGCACGCUGACGACGAGUCCAAACACCGCCAACGCCGGCAACAGCACCAACGGCGGAGGCGGCUCCUCGAUGCUGCAUCACAUGCAUCACACUAUUCAGUCGUUCAUCGCACGCGGCGAGCGGGAGGUGGCGCUGCACUACAUCAUCGCCAUUGCCCCGUACCGCUUCCCGUACCUCAGCAACAGUGACCGCGUCCUCGCCCUCUUUAAUCAAAUUCGCUUCUUUUUUCCGUCUCCGCGCUUCUCCACGGUGUUGAUGGCGAUGGAGGCGUGGCGCUCGCUCUACCGCCCCAGCGUUGGCGCCAGCGCGUCGGACUACGCCCAUAUGGCGCAGGAGCUGCUGACGCUAAUCGAGACCUACCUCUGCCACGGCCGCACCUAUGCCGAGUACGUCUCUGGGCUGUUGAUGCUGCGUGUGGUGCUGAGCCUCGCGAUGGAGAACUCAAGCCUAGGUAGUCGGAAUUCUACCGUGAUGCUGCAGCACCGGGCGCUCGUGCGGGAGCGACUGCCGACCCUGCUUCUGGCGGUGUGGGUGACGCUGAUGGACUACUACACCAUCGAUGACCUUCCGCAGCCGCCGCGACGCGCACUGCGCGAUUUGGCGGCGAGUGCGAUGCAGGACGCGCUUGCCGUUGCCUUGGAGUUGCAGAUGGUCGUACCUGUGCAGAACGUGGUGGCGAGUGCGGUGAACCUGCUUUUCAACGGCCCGCACACCCCCACACCUGCCGUACCAGCGGUGAGGAACGACACGACGGGGGCUGCCGUCGUCAGCCGCCAUGAGGUCCCUCCUACCCAUUUCAAUGAGAUGCAGCCGCAGCACGGACAGCGUCGGCGCGGCCAGUCACCGCCGUUGGCGGAAGGCAGCAGUAUCAGCAGCAGCAGCAACACCAGUGUCGGCCCCGCUGUAGCGGCCACGACGGCAAGCAGCGAACGGAGUCUGAUGCCUGUCCUGCUGAACGUUGCGGAUCGUCCGCACAUCGCCCAUGCCGAGACGGCUACGAUGGGACCGAGAAGUACCACCGCAACCGCGCCUGGGCGCAGUCCCGCGCCGUCUCCGCCACCUCCGCUGCACACAGCAGCGGCAACGGCAACUGUCACGACGAGUGAGUCACCGGCGCCCACCGCGUCUGCGCCAUCUUCGCACGGGACGCUCACCAGGUCGGUGUGGCGCUCGCUGAAGCGCGCGGCGCGACGUGUCGUCUCUGCUGCGUUGUCUACGUCCACCUCUGCGGCAGGACACCCUCGGGAGGGAGCAGAAAGUGCGGCGGCGGCGGACGCCACCACUCGCGUACUGAAUAGAGGACUUGUUGUGACCGUUGCAGGUCCGCAGACGUCAUCCGCCGCCGUGGCAGCAGCAGCGACAACGUCGACCGCGACAGUACACAUAGCGGACCCCACACGGCGCCUCUCCCCGGCGCACCCAUCCCCGCCGUUGCUGAUUGAUGUGCCGGACGAUAUGCUGCUGGACAUGAACACGGACCAGGCAGUCGAGCUGCUUGCCACGCCGUCCACGCACGGCUGGGGCAUCGGCUCACUGAACAACGGCGCGCUAGGUUUCUCUUCCCCCCAGCUUUUCCACCCGUGCGUCACCUUCACGCCGGAUGUGCUGGGCUCGGCGAUGAUGGCGGCUACGCGACGAGACGAGAUGCCGCACAGCCCUAUCCUGCCCACCGCACCGAGCACCUCCGCCACCUUCCACAUGCUGUGGCAGCCGACCAUUCCGUCUUCGUUCCGGCUCUCACCGGCGCAGCGACAGAAGAAGGGUGGCUUCGUUGGGCCGAGCAUGUCGACCGAGCGGAGCGCGUCGUCGAGCUGGGCAGACGCGUUCUGGGGCUCCGUGUUGCCGGACGGCGGCGUGAACCGCGACGCCUUGUGGACGAUGCCGCUCGCGCUGGGCCUUCGCGCGGCGGGGCGCCCCCUGACGCUAGAGUCCACCGUGGCCGCUGCGUGUCUUACUAUCGGUGCCUUCUUGUGUGCGUGGCGCCUCGCUGGGCACGAUGACGAGGCGGAAGAGGGAGAAGAGACCGAGGAAGGCACGAGUGCUUCGGCUGCUGCUGCUGCGCGCACCAAAGCGAAGGCAUCGGCGUACGACGCCCUCGUUCCUCAGGUCCCCCCGCCUCCGCCUCCGACCACCACCUCUACCACCGCCGCAGCUCCGGCAAACUCACCAACGGCAGCUCCGGGUGUACGCCGGGGAAGCUGUGAGCUGAGCCGCACCGCGGCGUCCUCCAUGCUGACGUACUGCGGGACGUCCAUCACCUCCUCUCCCGGCUGCCGCCUUGCGCAGGACGUACGGCUGCUGCUUCCGCUGGUAACCGAAGAGCAGGUCCGUGCGGUGGUGACGGGUGUUGCACUGGGCAACGGUGAUGCGAGCGCACAGCCGGUGUCGCCGACGUCGGUGAGCGAGUCAACACGGAUGACGUGGGACGAGGCGGCGGUAGGGCGGCCGAGCGUGAGCGCCUCUAUGCUUUCCGUGACCCUGGCAGCCAUGACGAGCCUGAAGCCGACGGCGGUGCCGCACUACGACCGGUCGGAUACGGCACAGGAGACGGAUCCGGAGUGGCAGAGUCUUUCGGCAGCAGCACGAAACAUGUUUUUGCCGCCCAUCGUGGACGUGGAGGCGACGGCAUCCGUCACGGCAGUCGGCGACGACGGCACCACUCGAGCGCUCGCAGGAGUGAAGGUCUGCAAGCACGAUCGCCCAAACUCGGCUUCGGCGUCACCGUUGCCGGAGGAGACGUCCGCGUCGGCGGCGGAAGGCAAUCGACCCGUGGCCGUUACAUCCCUGAACCUCCUUGAUGCGCCGGAAUCUGUUGUGACGGCGGUGGCAACAAAGCAGUACACCCACUCGCGCUUCUCGUCGACCGCCUCGACCCACGUACCGUCGCUUCGGCAGACUUCUGUGCCGCUCCCUGGCACCACCGCCAACGUCGACGGUGCGCGACGACACGUCGACUUCCGUCCUCCGACGGCGGAACCGGCCAAGACGGCAGCAAGCAUGCGAACCGGCUCACCAGCGCGUAGCCGUGCCGCUGCGGACACCACGACGACGACCACCGCACCUCCACUUUUCUUUUUUCUUCCGAGCUGGACCGUCGCACGGCUGAUGGACCGCUGUCUGCAUCCUACGUGGGACACAGACGCGCCAUCGGAGGCGCCCUCGCAGGUGGAGGUGAUGGAUGGUAACGAGGCCGGCAACGCCGCCUCGCCCACCGCCAGCAACAGCGGCUCUGCCAACGUCGGUGCGCCUCUCACGGUGAGCGUUGAAGCGGAAUUGAUGCUGACGAGCCUUGUUCCGCUCCUUUCGCAGUACUACGCUGCGAGUUUCUCGGAGACGCAGCUGAUGGCCGCCACGCAGCUGCUCGUGAAUCGUGCCGUGAAGGUGAUGCGGACGAUCUCGCAAGCCACGCACCGCAGCACCGACGACGCGACGGUGGCGGAGAAGCUGUUCGGUGUCGCGUCUGCGCCGACAACGCAGCAGACCGCCGCUGCUGCGUUCGUGGACGGGCGACAGGCGGGUGCGAAUGCUGGCGGCACCACCACCACCACGUCGCGGCAGCAUUCCGUCGUGGAUCCGGGCUCUCUGCUGCCGUCAUGUGCCGUCAACUUGUGCCACGACUCGGCCGUGCUGGACGGGACGGAGCUGCUGAACGCGGUACUCUUCAUCGGCACCGUCGCCGAACCCUAUCCCGCCCUGUUCGAGACCAUCGUGAGCCAUAAGCUUUACCCGCUGCUGCACCACGCGAUGCGUCUGAUGGCCUUUGAGGAGGAGCCGCAGUUUUGGCUCCCCACCCCCUUCCCCUCCACCGCUGCGUGGACGGCAUCAUCAUCGCCGCCGCCGCCGUUGACCACCGCCGCUGUCGGCCCUGCAGGUGCGGCCGCCAACGUCACGGCCCACCCCCAGUGGAUGAUGCUUACGGCCGCCCGCAGCAUGUUUCAACGCAUUUCCAUGCCCGCGCUGGUCAUCCUUGCACACAACAUGCCAUCGCUGGCCUGCGCACGGCAGUGUGCGCCGUUGGUGGACCGCCUGGUGCAGGUCGGCCUGCGGCAGCCGUUUUGCAUCGCGAGUGUGACGACGGCGUCGUCGAUCUGCGCUGUCUUUCCUUCGAUGGCGCGCAUCUGCCAAGCAGAGGUGGCGCGGUCCAUGUCGGUGGUGCUGUCGACGGCGGACGACGUGGGGGAAGGGGAAGACCGGCAUGGACCGCAGGGCAGCGCGGUGGGUAGCAAUACAGCGAUGCCGCGGCACCGACGGGCGACGGGCGCCCCGGCGGCACCGCCGCCGCAGCCAUUGCGGCCAAAAGCCGCUGCAGGGGGCGACGAGGCAAAGCAGCGCCGCGGUGCCGCAGCCGCCACCACCGGAGGAAAUCGCCUCUCUGGGCAGCUAACACCGGUGCUGGCGACCAUCGCAGCAACUGCUGCUGCUGCGGCAACAGUGAGGCCGGAUGUGCGGCCCGCUCAUGCCACCACAACCGCUACGGCCGGCAGUUCUUUUGUGCCGCCUUCCUCGCCAACGCACCUGCAGCGGCAACGGCGGCCCUCAGCGGUGUCCCUUUGCACCGCCCAGCGCCGCCGUGCCGCGCAGGUGCGCCUGCUCAAACACCGCAUUUUCCGCUCCAUCAGCUUCUUCCCCAGCUCUUGGGAGGGCACAACGCUCUUCUUUUUGGAGUUCUGCUUGCCCUACCUGCGCCACCCCGACGCCCAGCUGCGGCUGGCGUGUGUGCAGGCUUGCACCAGCUGGCCGCUGUCAGACUGCUGGCACUCGGUGGAGCGGACGAUGCUGCAGCUGUCCGGCUCGCCGCACAUGCCUGCCACAAUGGGCAGCGCAGCAGCGGCGGCGGCGGCGGACGGCGGCGGCACCUCCACAAGUACCACAUUCAUGUCCUUUUCCUCUCAGCUCCCCAUCGGAGGUGCGGGUGGGGGCGUCAGUGCCGUUAUGGCAUACCCCAACUCACCUAUCUCGAGCGCCUCUUUUCUUUCUGGGAUGCUGAACACGUCCCUGCAUGGUGGGAGUGGCGGCGUACGCCGGGCGACGGUGAGCGCGGCGGUCACGCGUGUGCCGUUGCGCGACGCCCGCAGUGAAGGCAGCGACCUUGGCCACGCCGACUCGGCGAGUUCACCGUGUUACGUGUCCUUCGCGAACGCCGCCGUCGCCACCACUGCCUCUGCCUUUCCUGCCGGCCCCCUCUCCGCUGUGCGUGGGGCGGUGACGGCGGCGUCGGCUGGCGGUGGUGGAGGGGUGGCGAAGCAACGGCAGACUUUGACAACCGCGGCAACCAUUGCGAGAAGCGGCGCGGGGCUUCCAAUGCGCGACAGCAGCGGCCUGCUCGGGGCGAACAGCACUGCGGGCAACGCCGCCGCUGUUAUGGUGGGCCCGACUCGAACCACCGCCUCUGCAACCCUGCUGGUGGACGAUGGCAUGCGGGUCUUUCAUGCCGCGUCGCCGGCAAACAGCACACCGGUGGGCACGCUGCACACAGUGCAGCACCACGGACGCACGCACAUCAACGCCCUUCGCGAGAUCGUGCAUCAUCUGGUCGAGGUCGCCGUGUGUGAUCCGGAGCCGCUGAUCCGACGGUGCGCGCUAGAGAGCCUGACCCCGGAAACGUACCAGUUACUGUACCCCCACGAGACCGUGCUGCACCAGCUUUUUAUUGUGUUGUGGGACAGCUACUUGCCGAAUCGUGUGAAGGCGGCGCAGCUGUUGUGCGCACUAGCCCCGCUAAACCCGCCGUUCAUCUACCCCCGUCUGCGCGAAGUGAUGGUGCGCUACAUUGCCGACAUGACCAGUAGCGUGACAAGUCUCAGUCAGCGUGACGGUGGCAGACAAAGACGCAGCGGCGAGACCGCCAGCUCGGCAGCCGCGGCGGCCGUCGGCAUCUACUGCAUGCCGUGCAGGAUGGUGCCCGAGGACUCGCUGUACGUGCUGUCGCACAUCGCCUCCCGACUAAAGCAGUCGACCCCGCUCUAUCUCUCGCAACUGCUUUCGAUUGUGUACUCCGUGCUGCGCUGCGCGUCGUCGGGGCGGGGGUCGGUGCUGCAGGCGAUGCACCUCCUCAUUUUCCUGCGCGACGACUGCACCCAGGAUCAGUCCGCUCUCUUCGACCCGUUCGUGGACCUCAUCGCGGAUCAACUCGCGGACGGCGAGGGCGACACCCCGCGUGUGCUGGCGGCUGUCGCUGCCCUGCAGACCCUCCUGCAGUCCGCCGAGCUGUCACAGUGCUCGCCGCAGUCACUGCCGGUGUUGGUGGAGUGUCUGCACUCCCUGCUGUACCGCAAGCCGUCCGUCGGAACGGACUUCUCGAUGGCGGUGUUGCAGCUGCUGGGCACCAUCAGCAACAUCGAGCCGUGGCAGCCGGAGAUGCCACCGCGGGCACCGGCGCUGCUGCGUCGUCCGCAGAACCGCUACGCCAUCCCACCGCUGUCGUCGUUGGCAGGCGUGUUCGGUAAGCCCAGCGCAAUGCGCUCCUUUUGGCCGGCGGGGGUUGAGCUGGCGGACAACGCACACCAAGCGUUGGGGCAGCUGCAGAAGGUCGACCGCUUUAUGCCGUUUACGGCGAUGGUGUGGCCGGAUACGGUGCUGCGGGCCCUCAUGCGCACCGCCUCCGGCUACGUGAACGGCACCAUGAGUCUCACCCAGGAUGGCCUGGGCGAGUGCUUGCUGGCGAUCAUGAACAUCCUCACCAACACGAUGGCCGUGCGCCACCUCGACCUCUACCUUCCCGGUGUACUGACACUCGUCAUUGACCUGCUCGAGCGAAAGGACGCGCGCCCACUGCGGAGCCGCGCGCCGCCGUCGCCCUUCUUCAUGACGCCGAAGAACGACAGACGAGGCACUAUGAAGAAGGAGGACGCCUCCAGCGAAAAGGCGAAGAGUUCGUCCAUCGCAGCGCAGGCUGGCGCAGGCGGCGACGACGGCGUCCGCGGACGCAUGCACGGCACCCUGAGCGAAAACCUGUGGCUGCUGUUUUUGCGGAGCCUCUUCGAUCUCGUGUUAAUGGCCGGCCGUCGUAUCGCGCCCAUGUACCCCCUGCUGAACGUCUUUCUGCACCGCAGCUGGCAGCAGACCACCUUGCGAGGCAUGGUGCAGUGCUGUGAGGUGCUGGAUGCGCUGUGCUGGUCGGUGCCGGACCUGCUGCGCGUGGACUGCGAUACCUGGAUUACAAAGCUGCUCUCCGCCCUCAUGCACCACGACGCCUUUGUGCUGACCCACCGCCGCGCUCACGAGACACCUACGUCGACGCCGACGACCACCGCUGCUGCCGCUGCGACUGCCGGGACGACGAAGCAGACGCGGAGCACCAUGGUGACCACCUAUCCCGCACUUUCCAACGAGGCGGAGCGCCAGGCGGCGGUCACCGGCGCAGGUGCUGCCGUCGCCUCUACCACCAACACGACCCGUCGUAGUGCUCUGGGUGAGAGUCCAAUGGCACCCCCGCUCGACAACACGAGCAGCGCAGCGGGAGGGGCGUUUCCACGCAUUUCUGUCACGCCUUUUGCCUCCACCGACGAACCGAGUCCGACCGCCGCCGCCGCUGCUGCUGCUACGUCUGGCGGUGCCGCGCAGAGUCGCGCGGACGAGGUGGCAGAGGCAAACUUCGAGGAUCAACUAAAGCUGGUCUACCGUGCGCUGACCGUGUGUCUCACCUCGAUGCAGCCCAUCUCCUCCGGGUUCAUGCGCCGCCUGGUCUGUGUGUGUCUCUCCGACUGCCUCAAGUCGUCGCACGUGCCGCAGAUGACGCCGCGGCGUGCUGCCGGCGCUUCCGUGAAGGCGGCGCAUAUCCGACCACACCCAACCACGCCGGAGGUGGGCGGCGGGGCAAAGGGCUUGGCACCUCACACUGUUCCAGAGACAGCAGACCUGCGCUCUUCGAGCGCUGCUGUUGCUGCUACUGCUGCGACGCCCUUUCCAACGCACGGGAUGUUUGACCUCAUGGCGGACCCGCACGAAGAACUCAUCUCUUUUAUCAACACCUGUGUGUGUGGGCCGCUAAUGGAGUACAUGAUGCACACUGAGCUGGAAACCGUGUCAAUGAAGAUCACGAAGAACGUUCUGGCGCGGUUGGAGUCGCUAAGCAUGGUGCAUGAGGAGGCGCUCCGUCGAGUGAUGCUGACGGCGAGCCUCUCCCCGCAGCAGCGGCAAUUCAGUGCAAAUGUAUAUGGCACGGAGUCAUCCUUCUCAUCAACGGCAGCAACACGCGCCUUUCCACACAUGGAGGCCGCGGCGGCGGCAGAAGAGGCUCGAGACGCGUCGAAGCCGACGCGGGUGGUGCGGGAGGCGUGUCUGCGCGAGGCCCGUGAGCUGCUGUACGCGCAGCGCCUUCGCCAAACAGACGACCCGUCCCUCGGCACCCCGAGCAGCGCGGGCGGUCAGACACCCACUCGCGGCGCGGCUGCUGCUUCAGCAGCGGCGGCGGCGAGCAACAGCCUGAGCGGCAGCACCUCGCCUAGUCCGAUGCCGCUCGGAGCGAGGACGACGAAGGAAGUGUUGUGGUUCAGCAACGCCCCCCUCAGCCGGAUGUGGGUGCAGAGCACCGACCAGACCACCACGGUGCGGCGCUACUUCCCCUUUGACGCCGCGCAGACCUCCUGGGAGACGGAGGGCGAGGUGCACCUGCUUGGCUGCCUCUUUGCCGCGGCCGCCUGGCGCCACCCCUCCUCCACCGUCCCCUUCAUCCCGGUGCUAUACACCUUCGUGGCGCAGCGGUUUGGUGCGGAGAGCUUGGUGAUGUCCUACACGCGGUGUGUCUGCUCUCGGUACUACGAUCUCUGCCUGCCCCUCCUGUCCGCGUCGGACGAAGAGGCGGCGGUGGCGAAUUGGGUCUAUCAGCAGCAACAGCAGCAGCAGCACCGUCACGGGACCAGCGGUGGUGGUGUCAACGGCAGCGCAGGGAACGGCAGCGAUGGCGCCUUCGCCCCUCUGCCCCUCGUUCCAAACCGAGCGACCACAGCGGUGACAGGGGCACGUGCGACGCCGCAGGACACGGACAGCACACGCACCGGCGAUACAGGCUGCGAGGGCGCGACCGACGUCAUUUUGCGGCACCCCAGCGCAGGCCGAGCCGCCUCGCCCGCCUUGAUGGACAACGUGCCCCCCAUCUCCUUCACGAGCCACUUCUUGGUAAACUCGGCCAACACCGCCGCCUUCACUACGUCCUCUACGGGGGGAAGUCGCACCGGUAGCUGGGAGGCGGAGGCGCCGCUGCGCACCGUGAUGACGGCGGAGGGGGAGCUGUCCUCCAUCACGAGUCUGACGCGGGGACGCGUGGCAGCAGCAGCGCCGCCGCCACCACCGUCGUCCGCGUCGUCGCGGCUGCAGACGGGCCGCCGUGAUGUCCCCACCACCGUCGCCGCGACCGCUUUCAACUCCGCCUCCCCGGCCUCGGCGUCUGUCACCUCCGCGGCGACAAAUCACACCAGCACCACCGCCAUUGCGAUGGGUGGGGCGGGGGUGGCGGAGACGCCGGCCUCACACGGGUUUCCCCCCACCGACUGGACGGACACCAACAGCAACAACGGCAGGCGCUCCGCAGAGAUGAACGCGACGGCGCACUUCCCCGACCGCGACGGCGACGGUGACCGAAGCGGGCGGGAGGAGCACCAGCGCCACUGCGCGGCGAACCAAACGUCUGACCGCCCGCGCAGCACGUCUCCUUUCUUUUAUGGGAGCCUUCCCUUGCCUCAGCAGCAGCAGCAGCAGCAGCUCGGUACGGCGGGUGCGAGUACGGCCGCCGCGACCACCGCCAGCACGGACGUCGUCUUUGACUUCUUCCAUUCGCCUUCCACCCACUCCCCACCCAGCACGCGCGACCAGAGCCCGACAGCCGUGACACUGCCCAUCCCUGUGGGCCCCGGCGGCCUCGGCGGUGCAGCGGAGGGCCGGACGGGCGUGACGUCAGGGAGAGGCACUGGCAGCGGUCCCAUUGCCAUCAACGCUUCCUUUUACCCCGGCAGCUUCUUCAGGAGCUCGUUUGGCGACGCCGUGGGGGUCGGCAGUGGUGGUGGCGGUGGCGGUGGCGGCGGCAGCGGGCCGCGGUACCCGAACAGCGCCAGCGCACACAGCGGGGACGGACCCGGCCCGCACCACGCCACGGUUCACGUGGGAAGCGGGGGUGUGGGCGGAAACGAUUCUGUCUUGGUGCGACAAGCAGCGGGGUCGUCGCAGGGCCACCAGCUCCCCUUUCCGGUUGCCUACACGAAUGGAAUGUCUUCUCAGCCGGCCCGGCCACCGUCGAUGUCGGACCUGCCGGCCUCGUUCCCAAUGUCCGCCACAGACAUCAUGACGGCGACCGUGGCGCCGAUGGGAUUUAGUCAGCCGCCCUCCGCGAUGCUCAUGGUGGGUUCGUUUGGUGCCGCCGCGCCGCUGAACCGCCACCGCAGUCUCCUUGCACGCCCCAGCUCUCUCUUCAACGGGACACCGCCUGCCGGGUCUGCCGGCGGAGGCGGCGUCGGUGGCAGCCCUCUUUGGCACCCCCCGCCGAUGGCGGCACCGCCUAGCAGCGAGGACCUGACCUACGCCCCCUACACAUCCGCCGCGGCGGCCGCACUGCCGCACUACACCUCCCCACUGCAGCCCAGCAACACGCGACGGCGGACGUCGCCGCUGCUGCAGCACCCUCCGCUGCCCCACAACCUGCACCGCUCCAUUGCGUCUGCCGCCGGCACGGCUAAUCUGCCACGGAGUGACGAGGCCUCCUCUCUCACGGUUGGCGCGUUUCAUUUGUUACCACCACCACCUCGCCAGCUCACCCCGAUCGCACCUGCGCGGCGCAGCAGCGGCAGCAACCCCGGCACGCCAGUGCAGGGACUGCCAGUGCUUGCGCGUUCCACAGGCGGCUUGUCGCGAGACGCGCAGGGAUACUUGAAGACACCACCGAUUGGCACGCGUUCGAGCGACACGGCGAGUCCGUCACCGCUCUUCGUGCGGUCGACCUCGACGCUGCGGCCCGUGGCGGUCACCGCCGGGGCAGCUGCUGCGGCGGCAGUCCCUACCCUCCUCCUCGAACAGCAGCCACGCGCACCACUGAUGCACCCGGCCACCACCACCGCCACCGCCGGCAACAACCGCGACGACGUUUUCGUCUCGGUGCCCACGGCGGUCAUCUUCCCACCCGAGACUGCCGUCCCGCAGCACCGCAACUCGCUCAUUUUGUUUUUCGAAUCGCACCGGCUGCUGCGGGCGCACGGCUGGCGCAGCUGGUGGGAGCAAUUCUGCCUCUUCAUGGUCGAGUGCAGCCAGGACUACUGUGUGAAGGCCUGCGAGACCUUCGCGCGGAAUCACCACGUCGCCUUCGCCUGCACGGAGCUGCUGCCGCUGGCGCUGCUCUCCACGCUGCCUUCCUGCACCGUGGCGGAGCUGACGGCGUGGCUGCAGGCGCUGCGCACCUUUUACGUCUACCACACCGAUCCAUGCAACUCCGUACCGCAGCAGGUGACGUCCGGCGUGGCGCAGGUGGCGCAUGCGAUCCGGCUGCAUCGCAAUGCCUUCUUCCCUCCAGAAGUGGUGUCGCAGGUGAUCGAUGUGUGGCUGCCGGACGGCGUCGUCGCCGAUCUCGCCCACCACUCCCUCAACCCACCUCUCCGCAUUCUCUACCUGGAGCAGGACCUUGCGCGGGCCUUUUCGUGGAACCGGGCGGCGCUGCUGAUGUCCGCCAUGGACGACGUGACGAGCUCGCUCGAGCGGAAGCUGUUUGUGCAGGAUAGGCGGUUCCAGCGCUGGCUUGGCGCCCUGACAGCGGGAACGGCGAGCGCCACGUACACCACCCCGCCACACGACUCCCCUGUCUACCCACAGGACGUGAGCAGUAACGCGACAACAGAUGCGCUGCGUUUUCCGCGCACGGCGACGUUGGCGUCGUCGUCCUCCUCUCCCUCCUCUUCUUUCAUCGACGCGAUGCCCCCAUCGGCGCUGGAGCUGCUGGGCUUCUACCGGGCUGCGGCGCUGGAGUACGUCCGCGUGUACACGGAGCUUCGGCCAGGAGAGGCGGCGGAGGCAGGACAGCAACAGCACCGGCAGCAGCGACGGGGUUGUGGCGCUGAUGUCACGAUCAGCAGCACGGGAGAGCUUCGCUUCCCACGGGCAGCUACGAGGCGAACUCUAUCGGACGCAAGCAUCAACAACCCAGAGAAGGCGAUCACCGGUGCGAUGCGGUGUUACACCCGCCUGUUUGACUUUGAAGCCGUUCUGCGACUGUGGGACGUGGUGAAGCAGCAGAAGCGCAGCAGGCGGGGGGAAAGACUUGCAGCGGCGAAGGAGAGCGCCGCAGCGGUUUUCGCAGAUGAGCGGAGCGGAGGCAGAGUGGACGACGGGAAUGGAGAGGACGGCGACGUCGCACCACCGGCUGCGGAGACGCCAACGUGGAGCGCAGAGACGGCGCGGUACGUCGCGCUGGCCGCCCAAGCGUUGUCACGGUGGGCGUAUGUAUCCGACACGGCGCGGUUCAUGCAGGCUGAACACUUGUCGAGAUUUUCAGGGACGGCAUCACCCUUGCUGGAGCGCAUCGUGUCUCCCGGACAGUUCUCGUUCGACACCGCGUUGAUGGAGAGCGGCCGCAUGCGGCAUGCGAAGUCGUGGUCCAGUCUGGCAGUGGAUGGGUGGGGUCAUGAGGACGACCCCGCUCACGCGUUCAUGACGGCGAGCAGCACCGAUGCAGCAGCACCGGUGGAACGCAGCGACGUCUCUUUCUCACCCGACGCGGCUGAGGGCUCCCUGAUGGAGCAGCAGCAGCAGGAAAUCUUUCUGGGCGCCGCGCUGGUCGCUGCGCACGACUACGAAGGCGCGAAGCAGGUGCUGAGCGCGGUGCGCAGCGGUCUGCGCGACUCGUACGCGGUCUUUCACACCAGCUGCGUCCGCAUCAAGCUGGAGUGGAACUGCAUCUUCCAACAGCUGUCUGACCUGGAGGAGGGCAUUCACACCCUGGAGCCGGCCGCGGGCUUUCGCGAAGACGGAACGUCCGCCACGACAGCGACCACGACGGCUGCUACGGCUGCUGCUACUGCUGCCGCAGUGGCGGCUGGGUUCUCGAGUGAGUCGGAGACAACGUGCUUUACCUAUUCGGGGCCCGGCUCACCCGUGCUAGACCGCGAGGUACACGGCCGUCUUUACUCUGAAGCCACUAUUCGACGUCUGCGCAGCAUCGUUUGUCGGCCGUUGUCGGCCACCACCAGUCCGCUGCAGCGCUUCAUGAUGAUCGCCGCCCGCAGCGCCAUCGCGCCCAUCAGCUGGCAGCUUGACAGCAUUAUCACGCUGUGUGAGAUGCUCGAGAGAAACGGGCAGCCGAUGCGUGCGGUGCAGACGCUGCACCGGUACUCGCAGCAGGCCACCACCGCCAAUGCGAUGACCAGCGGCGCCGCAGCGGAGUACAAGCAGCAGCUGCACCUGGAAACGCUACGCCGCAUGAUCCACAACCUGCCGCACGAGGCGGAACUGCGAGAGAUGUACGCCUGCGUGCAGACCGCCUUGCGACAAGACCUUUGGCAGUCACGGCGCGCCGCGGCACAGUGGGGUCAGUCGUCGUCGUCCCCUGUUGCUCUCUUUCCUUCCAGCGUGGGUGCGAACCAGGCAUCUACUGAGGAGACAAUGGACCCCUUAUUUGCCGUGAUCAGCGAUGCAAAGCGCGGACGCGGUGCGCUGCUGGAUGCGCUGGAGCUCGGACCGUCCCUCACGAGCUACCAGGUCGACCUGCUACUGCUCAGCGUGGGGUGUCGCCGUCGGCUGGCGCGUGUGCUGCUGCGCGGUGCCCCGUUGGCACAGCGGGCGGCGACCGGUGGUGUGCGCAACCACCGCGGUGACGUCUCCGCCGCCUUCGCGGUUUCCUCUCCAGGUGCGGACGGGUCCUCACAGUGCGUCUCCCUGACGUCCUCCGCGACCCCUGUGCCUUCUCACCUGGUGAGCGUGCACAUCAGCAGCAGCAGCAGCGGCGGCGGCGCACGCAACGACCCCGCUGGACAAGGCCUCGCGGAGAGAGGCGAGGGGGAGGGAGAGGCGCGCGAUGGUUUCGCGACGUACCCCCACUCCCCGAUGAGCUCAUCGAUGGCGCGGCAGCUCAUUGGGUUUCCAACGAGCGCCUCCCCCCCAUCUCCGUCGCUGGAGGCGUCGUCGCCCAACACAGGCUUCACCCUUGUCUCCAACGCCACCCCGCUGCAGGACAAGGAGAUGCCCUCCACCAGUUUCUCCAACAGCAACGCGCACAACAACGCCGUAGCCGCCGCUGCUGCUGCUGCUGCUGCUGGUGCUGGUGCUGCGGAGGGUGCUAGGCGCGGCAGCAGCGGCGCGGACGGCGACGGCGGCAAACAGGUGCCGCGUGGCUUCCGUCAUCAGCCAACACGAUUGUCGGGGACUGGCGAAGGGGCAUUUGCAGCAAGUGCAGCGGCAGCGGCAGCAGCGGCGGAGAAUGGCGACGCUGACGACGAGGAGGGCAAAUCCGCGAUGGAAAGCCUCACCGGCGAGAACGCGCUCUUUGUCGAGUACUACCUGCUGGAGCACGUCGUCACGGUCACGCACUACGUGCCCUCCGUCUGGCGAGAGUUCGGCCUCGUGCUCUUUGACAUCUGCCUCGCCAUUCACUCCGAGUGGAAAGUCACCGCUGACGAGGAGACAAAGCAGAACUUUCUGGCGCAGUCCGCCAAGGCCAUUCACGGGCUGCAGCUCGCGGCGCAGCUGUGGGAGAGCGGGUCGGCCUCCGCGCUGGGUCGCGGUGUGGGGCUCUUCUCUGCCAUGGCACAGCGCCGCCACCGUCACGCACGCAGCGCACUGCCAUCCGCCCACCUCCUCCUCAAGGCCUUGCACCUUGCGAUCACGUGCGAGCUGAUCGUGCAGAACGACGCCCAGGCGUCCGCGGUGCCUGUCGUGGCUGGUGCUGUUGCAGGGUCAGCUGGCGGUCCAAUGAGCACCGCAGCGGCCCGCUCCCCGUCGCCCUCCGUCCGCGCCGAAGGCUCUCUCACCACUGACGAAGAAGACGGCAACGGCGACAACGCUCUCCACCUCCACGCCGGCUUCGCCACCGUCAGCCCGUCCACCGUCUCCGCCUCCCCGUCCAACAGCCAACACACCUUCUUCCCUUACCACGACUCCCCCUUGGCGGGUGAGGAGGAGAAGGUGCCAACGGCAGCCGGUGGUCGACCGCCGCCACCGCCGCCACCGCCGCCACCGCCGACGCAGCCGCAUCGUGGCGGGCAUGGGACACCGCAGUCGACGCCGAAGAAGGCGCAAAGAAAGAACGGUGGUGUUGGUGGUGGUGGUGCCUCCGCUCCCUCUUCAUCCUCCGCACCGCCCACCGCACCCGCAGGGAAGUCCCCCAGCGGCGGCUUUGCGUGCCUCGACUUCUCCGCCGCCUCCUACGCGCAGUGGGCGGCUCUUGCGCCGGUGCUGCUGGCCGCCGCCACCUGUCACCCCACCCUCUACACCGUGCUGCGAGACAUGUGCGUCCGGUCACGGCACUUCUUGCGGCAGCUCGUCUUCAUGCUGAUCGCCAACUUCGAGCACGGCCACGACACGUUGUUCGUCCAGCGCACCGAUCAGGUGAGUCGCGGCCGAGGGUUGGCGGGGACGCGGACAGUGAUGUGGGACGCGCCGUCGCCCGCACACGCGACCGCGAUGCGCAGCUUUUCUGCCGCGGCGCCGCGACGGGCAGACGACACAUCGGCGCUGCACUGUGCGCCUUCCAAGCCUGCCACACACAGCGCACGCGGCAUCUCUGCGGCACCGCGGGAGCGCCAUUUUGGCCGUCGUGUGACGUCCGUGCCGGAUCUGUGGGAGGACGACGCGGGGGAUGUGGAGGUGGUCCGACACGAUGGCCGCAACGGGAGCGGCGACAGCAGCCGCAGCGGCAGCUGCACUGACAGCUCGUCCACGACGACGGGGCCGCCAUCGAUUCCAGAUCCACACCGAGGCAAGGCACCACGUCGCACAGCGCGGACACGAGGAAGCGGGAACCCGGCCGCCACCACAGCGGCGAACACCGCAGACGGGCAAGGCGGGGCGGACACCCCGGCCACCACCGAGGUCGAGUACAACUCCUCCAUCGACGCCGCCUCCUCCUUCGUCUCCUGCGCUUCGGAAGCGGACGACGAGGACAACAAUAGCACGGCCGAUGCGUUUGCCGUUGGCGAGAGCGCGCUGCACACGACAGGGCAGCCUUCGUCCUCCUCCUCUUAUCGGCCACGUCAGCGCGUGCCACGGCGUGCGCGGAGCUGCUUACCGCCACCGCAGCGACAGCAGCAGGCGAGGCCGGAUCGUGCGACCACCCCCGUGCCGCUGCAAGAGACGCUGCCGUCGUUUGACUACUCGCCCAAUGAGGAGCGAGUCGUGCGGUCGCUGCUGUUGGCGGAUGUGGCGGCUGCCAGCCCCGGCCAUCAGCAGCACAUCCACGAAGCCAUGCAGCUACGUGGGUUUGUGCGGCGCGCGUGGGAUGUGGAGGCGACCUACACGUGGCCGCCAGCGUCCGCUCAAGGCCAGCAAGAUGCGGAACCUCCUGCGAGUGCGACGGCGUCACCACAAGAGGUGGCUCCCAACACCGGCACCAACCCCAACCGCAACCGCACAGGAAGCCGACCCAUCGAGGGGGCGUCCUCUCCCAUCCUGGACACGGAUGUGGCAUUCCACGUGCAGGAGACCGACGGCGCGUUGAGGGCGAUGGAGCUGGUGCUGGGAGGGCACUGCCCGCUGCCCGUCCCGCUGUGGUAUCUCUCCAGCGUCUUCGGGAUGGAAGCCGCAAUGGAGGACGAUAGCGCGCCUGUCGGCCCAGCCGCAGCCACAGCAGCCAAGGCAAACCGGAAUGGCAACCACCACCACCACCACCACCACGGAAGCAACAGCGGUGGCGGCAACAGCAAUGCGGAGUUUUCUGCGCGCAAAUCGGGUAAUGGGAGCGCCUUCAAUACGGCGGGCAUCAGCAGCAGCACAACCGGCCUUGCUGCGGGUUCAACUCUUCUGGACAAGGGCGACGGCGCGGGGACUGCAGGCCAUAUCGCACACGACGUGCGCUCUACAGCGCAGGAGGCGUCCGCUUCCCCUCCCCCCACAGCGGCGGCGGCAGCGCUCUUCCCCGAUGUCGCACCGGCGGGGGUCCUCUUUUCUCCCUCCACUGUACCAGGUGUCGUGCACGUGCGCCGCUACCUCGUCCCUCACCCCGCCCCACACCACCGCAAGGAGGAGCUGAUAUUUCUGGUGCUGUCCGAUGGCGCGAUGUGCCGCCUGCGCCACGUUGCCCCUGCCCCGCCGCGGGCGACAGCAGCGGCGGCACCACCGCAGCCCCGCAACGGCGGCAGCAGCGGCGUUCGACAUCCCGUUGCGCCGCACGAGCGUAGCACAACAACCAAGUCGACUGCUACUGCCACGGCGGCGGUUGCCGCGACGACGACGGACGGCGAGGAGGUGCGCUACGUGGUGCCGCACUGCUUGAUGGAACAGGUGGUUUCCAUGGUACUUAGCCACCUCCCUCUCACCAACCUGCAGCGCCCCUUUGUGCUGCCGCUUGGCUUGCAGGAUUACAUGACGCUGCUGCCGGAGCAGACGAGCGGAUCCGUCUUCGGGGCGACGGUGACGGCCGCCGUCAUGCACGCGGGCGACAAGACCAACUGGCAGAACGGCGUCGCCCUCCUCACCGGGGAGUCCUCGGCGGCGCUGAGCUUAACAGCGAGUUUGCUGACACCGUCCUCGGCGUCGUCCUCCGCCCGCGGCACGCCGUCGCUGCACCACUUGAUGGACGACUACGCCGUGCACCUGCGUGUGCGGGAGAUGGCGCAGGCCGCCCACGAUGCCGUGCAACUCUACCCCACCAGCGACUUUGAGGCCACGUACAUCGCGGCGGAGACGGGCCGUGGACCCGGGGCGCAGUCGGAUAACUCGUUUCCGUUCAACUGGGCCUACGGCUACCCAGCCAGCGCGCCGCCGUCGGAGGCUGCGAUGAUCGCCGCCCUCAACUCCACCAAGUAUCACGACGUUGUGCGCCAACGCAAGAUGAAUGAGCUCCGCUACGACCAACUUGUCGCCAUGGCGUACAACAAGGGCAACGUGGAGCAGCUCGUGGCGUACGUGCGGGAGCUGCUGGCGGCGCGUCCGUCACCUCUGCCGUGGCCAGUCGAGACUCCGCCACCGGCGUCGGAGACCAACAGGACGACCACCGCCGCCGCCUCCGCCGGAGGAGGAGGCGGGGAGGUCCCACCGACAAACACGAACCCUCCUCUACAGGACCCGGCAGAGGAUAAUUACGCCCGCCAGCAGCUCUUGUACGCGCAUCUGGCCACCCUACCGCGCACUGAAGCGCAUCUGCGGUGGCUGCUCGGCGCACUCGAGGAGGCCAUGUGCCAGAAGCCGACGACGGCGACUUCAUCGGCGCCGUCGGUGAUGACCGAUGAGCAUCACCACCCCCGCGGAAGCGCCACGGCCACGGCUGCUCCGACGAAUCCACCAGGCAAUCCACGGACAAUAGACGAGGAUCACACGUCAUCUGCCCCGCCCGCUCCACCGCACAUCCUCACCCCGCCGACGUGGCAGGCGUGCGGUCGCGUUCUCUUCCGCGUGGAGAGCAGCCGGUGCAAGUCUGCGCUCGCCGACGCCUUCAGCGCCGACAGCAGCGACGCGUCGCAUUGGCUCGAUGUGCGCCGCAUCUACGCGAAGGAGCUGGCGGAGUGGAGUGUGGUGCAGUACCUCUUCGACAUGUUUGGGCGGGAGUGCGGGGAUGUCAUGGUGAACACCUACGACGGCCACGUCGCCAUGCACGCGAUGGGACGGCACAGCUUGCAGAAGGCAUGGGGUGAUGAUGCUGGCGGGGGCCUUCGGCGGGGGGCGGGUCCCGCCGCGGCUGGUGCGGUCGCCACGCCCUCUGCCACCGCCGGGUCGGCCCCCGCAUCCCCGGCGUCGCCAGCUGCGCGGGAAAGCGAUCCGCUGACUUCCUCCCCGUUCCCAACGCGCGACCCGUCGCUGUUUCGGCUCACCCCGGUGCUGCAGUGUGGCCUGCCGAUGCAAAGCCCCUACGCCCUGUUCCAGUACCGCGCCGCGUCGGUGCUGGGCGAUAUUUACCUGUACGUGCGGGAUCUGGCCGGCAUCGCCACCUACGGCGUGGACCGCGUCAAGGCGUUUGCCUACACCACCGGUCCCACGAGGGUGGAAGCGCUGGCCGGUGACGGCGUCCACGCCGGAAGCCUCUCCGUGUUUCCCGCGUCUGCGCGCCGCACCGCGCUGCCGCCGCACCGUGAAAAAGACCAAAAAGCGGCACCAAAGUUGAUGAUCACCGUGCCACGAAGCCCGCCGCUGACGGCCACGACUCAUGCAUCGCGGCGGCGCGGGAAGAGUCCGGCAGCAUCCCCUCUGCCAGCACCCCCGAGCAAAACCGCAGAGGACAGUCGUCACAACGAUGCGGCGCACCCGUCGCUAGCGCUGGCCACGCCGCCGCUGCACCCGCAGACGAUGAUGGAGCGCGAGGUGCUGCCGGCGAGUCUGCCGAGUUCAUCGUCCGCCACUCCACCGGUAUCGAGAUCGACAACAGCAGCGGUGGCGACGGCAGUAGCGCGGGCCGACGCGCAACAGUAUCCCUGCCCGGCCGCGGCGUCCCACGCGAGUGAUGCGACGGCGCUCUCGCCCUACGAGGCCGAGGUGGAUCCAACGGCGACGUCGCGACCCUUCCUUGUUGAACGGACGACUAUUGCGUCUCACACCGCUGCUGCCAGUGCAGCUUGUGAUGGUGGUGGGGGUGGGGUGAAGGAUGCGAUGCUGGCGGCCAACACAGAGGGGCCCACAUCGGUAUCUGCCGGUAGACAGCGGAACCGUCGCAGCGGGAGCACCGGCGCUGUACCGUUGAGCCGUGACGCCAGCACGCAGCGAGGCGAGCGCAGAUGGAGUAGCGUCUCUCAUCCGCUGUCGGCGUCCGCGGAGGGGGACCAGAGUGGCGUGGACAACGUUCCGCAGCUGCUUCCGCCGCCGCCGCCGUGCUUCGACGCGAGCUCUCUGCGCUUGAAGCUGUCGUACGACAUUCUGUUGGUGCUGCACGCGGACGUGGAGCAGCAGGGGCGGGAGACGAUGCUGAGGUUGCUCAAGACGCAGCGGGAAGCCACGGAGGCGUCGUGGCCGCGUGCGCCGCCGUCAGCGACGCGGGCGGCGAAGGCAGAACGGCGGAGUCGCCACAAGGACGGCGUGUCGCAUGUAAAAGCAGCCGAUGCGGAGGUGGCCGACGGCAGAAGGUCCAGCAGCCACGUCAACGGCAACGACGACCGCUUGGCGUGGUCGUCGUUGUCGUCGUCGAAGUCCUUCUCGCGGACCUCGUCAAACAACACAUCGGCGGCGUCCUCCAACUUGGGCGGGAAGGCAGAGGGCGCCGCUACCCCCGCCCCAGCAGCAACAACAGCGCAGUCAGCGUACGACUUUGUCACCCGGUUAGUGGCGGCGGCGACCGAUGAAGGGAACCUGUUGGGCGUGGAUGACGCGACGCCGCACCUGUGGCGCCGAUGGGCGCCGCACUGGUAG